AUGGCGUCCGCCUCGUCUCUCCCGUUCGGCCAAUCCGUGGAGCCGGACAGACGCGUCAUCAGCAAAAGAAAAGAAAAAAAAAAAAAGAAGAAGAAGAAGCAAGCGAUCGCAGCAGCAUCCGCCAAAGUCCAUUUCCACCUUAUCCGAAGGGACUCGAGAAAGGGAGGUUCGAAAGAUCCACCCACCCACCCGACACAGUUACUGGAGUGCUACCUGCCGAAUCGCGCGCGCCUGCCAAAAAAGCGAUGGGCUCCCGUUUCGGAACAGCAUCAGGGGUCAAUUCCGGCGCCUGGAGUCAACCGGCCGAGUCGUCCACCACCUACGCCUUCACACGCGCGGCGGCCGCGGUGGUGGUGGAGGUGGAGCAGAGCAGAAGAUGAUGAUGAUGAGGGAGGCGGCGUGAACCGCCGAAUCUCGCGGUCGCGGACGGAGCCGCGGCGCGGGCGGGCGAGCGAGCGAGCCCUGGUCUCUCUCUGCGUUAAUAAUAGAAGAAAAAUGGAGCUGCUCAACAUUAUUCUAGUUAUAGCAUCUCUGCUCCCAUUCUCAGCAUCUGAUCGUCAAGGUGAUGCUUUGUACGAUAUGAAGCUGAAACUAAAUGCUACUGGCAAUCAGCUUUCUGACUGGAACCAAAAUCAAGUUAACCCUUGCACUUGGAAUUCUGUUAUUUGUGACAAUAACAACAAUGUUGUGCAAGUAACAUUGGCUUCUAUGGGGUUUACUGGAGUUCUGUCACCAAGAAUCGGAGAUCUGGAUUAUUUAAAUGUUCUGUCAUUGCCUGGUAACAACAUCACUGGUGGCAUACCAGAGCAGUUUGGCAACCUCUCUCGGUUGACAAGCUUAGAUUUGGAAGACAACCUGUUGGUUGGGCCAAUACCGGCUUCUCUUGGCAGGCUUUCAAAGCUCCAGCUUCUGAUACUAAGUCAAAACAAUCUCAAUGGCUCUAUUCCUGAUACGCUAGCAAGCAUCUCAAGCUUGACAGACAUUCGGCUGGCUUACAAUAAACUCACUGGCCAAAUACCUCCCCAGCUGUUUCAAGUUGCACGUUACAAUUUUUCAGGUAAUAACUUGACCUGUGGAGCAAACUUCCUCCAUCCGUGUGCCUCAAGUAUGUCUUACCAAGGUUCAUCCCGUGGUUCGACAAUAGGCAUUGUGCUUGGAACAGUUGGAGGUCUGAUGGGGUUUCUAAUCAUAGGGGCUAUAUUCAUUAUCUGUAAUGGAAGGAGGAAAAGCCAUCUACGUGAAGUAUUUGUGGAUGUAUCAGGUGAAGAUGAUCGUAGAAUUGCAUUUGGCCAGUUGAAAAGAUUUGCAUGGCGAGAAUUGCAACUUGCAACUGAUAAUUUCAGUGAGAAAAAUGUUCUUGGACAAGGGGGUUUUGGGAAAGUAUAUAAAGGAGCACUUCCAGAUGGCACUAAGAUUGCUGUAAAACGCUUAACUGAUUAUGAGAGUCCUGGUGGAGAGGCUGCUUUCUUGCGCGAGGUUGAGCUGAUCAGUGUUGCAGUUCACCGGAAUCUUUUAAGAUUGAUUGGUUUCUGCACAACACAAACAGAGCGCCUACUUGUUUAUCCUUUCAUGCAGAAUCUUAGUGUGGCCUACCGUCUGCGAGAAUUUAAACCUGGGGAGCCAAUAUUAGAUUGGUCUGCAAGGAAGCGAGUGGCUAUAGGCACAGCUCGUGGACUGGAGUAUUUGCACGAACACUGCAAUCCUAAGAUUAUACAUCGUGACGUCAAGGCUGCCAAUGUCUUGCUUGAUGAAGGUUUUGAACCAGUUGUUGGUGAUUUCGGCUUGGCCAAGCUGGUGGAUGUACAGAAGACAUCCGUGACUACUCAGGUUCGUGGAACCAUGGGUCACAUUGCCCCCGAGUAUUUGUCCACUGGGAAGUCAUCCGAGAGAACCGAUGUUUUUGGUUAUGGCAUAAUGCUUCUCGAGCUAGUUACUGGUCAGCGUGCCAUCGACUUUUCACGUCUGGAGGAAGAAGAUGAUGUGUUGUUACUUGAUCAUGUCAAGAAGCUGCAAAGGGAAGGGCAUCUCGACGCCAUCAUUGACCGCAACCUGAACAACAAUUACAACGGGCAGGAGGUGGAGAUGAUGAUCCAGAUCGCGCUGCUCUGCACGCAGGCUUCGCCCGAGGACCGCCCCACCAUGUCCGAGGUGGUCCGGAUGCUGGAAGGUGAGGGCCUCGCCGAGCGGUGGGAGGAGUGGCAGCAGGUGGAGGUGACGAGGAGGCAGGACUACGAGCGGAUGCAGCAGCGGUUCGACUGGGGCGAGGACUCCGUCUACAACCAGGACGCCAUCGAACUGUCCGCCGGCAGGUAA